CUCGGGCAUGGGGCUAGAUUAAGCCUUUCGUCGCGCUGGGAUAACUACUCUCUUCCUCCAUAACAUCUCCUCCCUUGGUCGAUUACAGGUUCUUUGGCUUCAGAUUGGCAUUGAAUUUGAUAGAAGGGUUUAGACCACUUACACAGAACAUUGCUGUCCGUACACAUCCUUCAUACACAUCACCUGUACCUCCGCCCACUCGCCAUCAUGAGUCCUCCCGAAACGACCUUCUCCCGCGAGGAGGUUCGCUCCCACACCACCGAAGACUCGCUCUGGUGCAUCAUCGACAGCACUGUCUACGACCUCACCGACUUCGUCGAUGCCCACCCCGGCGGCGAGUCCGUUCUCCGCCAGGUCGCCGGCCAGGACGCGACCACGGCCUUCUAUAACCUGCACCGCCACGAGGUCAUCACCAAGUACGCCGACCUCGCCAUCGGCACGGUCGAGGGUGAGAAGCCCCAGGUCAUCACCCCGCAACCCGGCGACCUCAGCGAAGUACCCUACGCGGAGCCCUUGUGGCUGGCGCCGUCCUUCCACAGCCCCUACUACAAGGAGUCGCAUCGCCGAUUGCAGCGCGCCAUUCGCGAGUUCACGGACCGCUACCUCUAUACUGAGGCGCAGGAGUGCGAGGCCACGGGGCGAUUCAUCAGCCAGGAGAUGAUUGACCGCAUGAGCAAGGAAGGGAUACUACACAUGCGCCUUGGCCCGGGCAAGCACCUGCACGGUGUGGAGCUUAUGGGCGGCGUCGUCAAGGGCGAGGAGUUUGACUACUUCCACGACUUGAUCGUGGCACAAGAGAUGUCCCGGGCGAUGGCCCGAGGAUUCCAAGAUGGCAACAUGGCUGGAAUGAUGAUUGGAUUGACCGCCGUGUUGAACUUUGCCCGGGACGAGGCGUGGAAGAAGAAGAUUUCCGACGAGGUCUUCAGCGGCAAAAAGAAGCUGUGUCUGGCUAUUACUGAGGCGUUUGCUGGUUCGGAUGUCGCGGGCCUGCGCACCACCGCGGAGAAGACUCCCGACGGAAAACACUACAUCGUCAACGGAACGAAGAAGUGGAUCACCAACGGAUCUUGGUCCGACUACUUCGUGACGGGUGUGAGAACCGGUAAGCACCUGAGCGUGCUCCUCAUCCCGCGGGGCGAAGGCGUCGAAACCAAGCCGAUCAAGACAUCCUACUCUGCAGCUGCUGGCACCGCCUACGUUACCUUCGAUAACGUCAAGGUCCCCGUUGAAAAUCUAUUGGGAGAGGAGAACAAGGGCAUUCACGUCAUCCUCAGCAACUUCAAUCACGAGCGAUGGGCCAUGGUUUGUGGUAGCACCCGCGUCUCAAGAACCAUUGUUGAGGAAUGCCUGAAGUGGUCAAACCAGCGCCUGGUCUUUGGCAAGCGCCUCAUUGACCAACCCGUCAUUCGACAAAAGCUCGCCAAGAUGAUUGCUCUGGUCGAAGCCAACCAGUCCUGGCUCGAGACCAUUACCUAUCAAAUGUGCCACAUGCCCUACAAGCAGCAAGCCCAGCACCUCGCGGGUCCGAUUGGGUUGUUGAAGAUGAGCGCUACCCGUGCGGCUCACGAGAUUGCCGAUGAGUCGGUCCAGAUCUGGGGUGGCCGCGGUCUCACCCAGACCGGCAUGGGCAAGUUCAUCGAAAUGUUCCAUCGGACGUAUAAGUUCGAUGCCAUCCUUGGCGGUGCCGAGGAAGUACUCGGUGACCUCGGCGUAAGACAGGCUAUGCGGAAUUUCCCCAAGGCCAUGUUGUAAAAUUCUGUCUCGCAUUGGAGUCGAGUCGUGUAUUUUUAGUUGCUUGAGGUGCUUUGCAAUCGUGAAUCUUCCAAGAAAGCUCUUUUCGGCAUCCAGAGGGAGCUGUUGAUCCUGUG